AUGCGCCAUGGAGUUGAAGACUCACCGGGCAUCUCCAAUUCUGUCAGUACAUGCGACGCAGCCCACCAAAGUGAGCAGGGUGCUCAACCGGCGGCAUUGACGGUGUCAAAGAGCAAUCUCCGUGCUACUUUGAAGUGCACGGGACAGAACAACAAAUUCGUGCCUGGAGGCGGUAAAAACGUCUGUGCAGGCAAAGCGAACGCCACUGUGCAGGCGUGCAGCACCAAUUCCCCCCCAGGACAACAGGAAGUACUGACAGGUUUGCUCGGUGCGUCGACUGGCGUUGUGUGGGAACAGAAAUCCCCUGUGCCUGAAGUAGGGGAAGAGUGGUCACUCGAGCUUGACGAGUCACAACUCCCUUUGGAAGACACAACGUUCUUCGUAGGCUGCCAAAACGGAGGCAAAACAUCGAAUUGCAGACUCGAUAUAACUGUGCAGGCCAGAUCUUCCUCUGUAGAAAGCAACGUUGUCAAGUGCGCCUACGGCCAGCACAGUAAUCCUCAACCCCUGCAAGUGGAACUGACACACGACAACAACGCCUUGACUCUAGAAUGUGGAUCCAAUCACGUGCUUGAACCCACCAACUAUUCUACCAACUACUGUGAGGACGGCACCUUGACAACCUGCACAAAGAGCUUCAAGGAAGUUCUUCCAAAUUUCACUGACUCCUGGUGGACGGAAGGGAGCAAGCCAAAGGAAAGUGCCAAGCUUACCAUUCCUCCGAGGGAGUUCCCCGCCGCAGACUUCAAGUUUUACGUGGGCUGCAAGUUGGCCAAAGAAAAUGCCGGCGGCCAGGCUGUCUCGCGCGGACAGAGUGAACCGCAGCCCCAAGCUGAACCGUCACCCUGCAGAGUGCUGGUAACUGUCAAGGCAGCGGGCUUGGCAACAAGGGCAUCGACCUCCUCAAUGGCGGCGUCGGUUGCUGGUGCUGCCGCCAUCUCGGGCUAUCUUGUCGGCUUAUUCUGA